GGAACGCACCAUAACUUCCUCGCCAGCUGCACGCACAUUCACACGCACGCGCGCACACAUUCUGACGGCUGUAGUGCGGCUGCUCAGAUCUGCAGAGGAAGAAGAAAGCGUUGAGUUUCAGCGGCAGCUGUCUGAGAUCUCAGUUCGUCUCAUUCAUGGCUCAGUCAUUAGGCUGUAUGGACUCUGAUCUGGCCAGUAAGCGGCUCCACUCGAGAAUGGAGGCGUCAUGUUUGGAGUUGGCAUUGGAGGGUGAGCGGUUGUGUAAGUCAGGUGAUUUUAAAGGUGGUACAGCUUUCUUUGAAGCCGCUGUUCAGGUGGGAACAGAAGAUUUAAAGACCCUCAGUGCCAUUUACAGUCAGCUGGGAAACGCUUACUUCUACCUGAAAGAGUACGGCAAAGCUCUGGAGUAUCAUCGACAUGACCUGACGCUCGCUCGAACGAUAGGCGAUCGUAUCGGGGAGGGAAAAGCCAGCGGGAAUCUGGGAAACACGUUGAAGGUUCUGGGCCGAUAUGAUGAAGCGGCCGUUUGCUGUCAGAGACAUCUGGACAUUUCUCAAGAACAAGGAGACAAGGUGGGUGAGGCGCGGGCGCUGUAUAACAUUGGAAACGUCUUUCAUGCCAAGGGUAAACAGCAGCUGUGGGGUUGUUCACAAGAUCCAGGAGAUCUUCAUCCUGAUGUUCGAGACACUUUACAGCGAGCUACAGCCUUCUAUGAAAUGAAUUUGUCUCUGGUUAAGGAGUUAGGAGACCGAGCUGCACAAGGACGAGCUUUUGGUAACCUUGGUAACACUCACUACCUGCUGGGUAAUUUCGUUGAUGCCAUCAAGUUCCACCGAGAGCGUCUCUCCAUUGCCAAAGAAUUUGGAGACAAGGCAGCCGAGCGGCGAGCGUACAGUAACCUAGGCAACGCUCUCAUUUUCCUUGGCCAGUUCAAUGCAGCCACCGAGUAUUACAGGAAAACUCUUCAGCUCUCUCGUCAGUUAAAGGAUCAGGUGAUGGAAGCUCAGGCGUGUUACAGUCUUGGAAACACGUACACAUUACUGCAGGAGUAUGAGCGAGCUAUCGACUAUCAUCUUAAACAUCUCAUCAUCGCUCAAGAGCUCGCUGACAGGGUUGGAGAGGGUCGGGCGUGUUGGAGUCUGGGUAAUGCUUAUGUUUCAUUAGGAAACCACCGUCAGGCUUUACACUACGCUAGAAAACAUCUGGACAUCUCCAGAGAGAUCGGGGACAGAAACGGAGAACUGACCGCCAGGAUGAACGUGGAGGAGCUGAUGGAGUUGGUUGGUGUAAAGGAAGCUGAUCUUUCUCCAUCUGAUGCUGAGUUUACAGUUCAGGGAGCCAGACCCAAAUUCACAAAGAAGAGCAGCAUGGACAGCGUUGAUCUCUGGAAGAAUGGAGAUGCUCCAGAUGUUGAUGGUGCAGUGAAAAGGUCAAAGAAUCAUCAGUCUGAAGCCAACAGAAGAGAAUAUACAGACAGCCAAUCAUCAGAUGAGAGACAGUGGUUUGAUUCACCUGUGGAUACUGAUGACAUCACUGUUCAUGUCACACCUCCAAAGCUGAGUCGAGAUCAUUCAGAUGAGGACUGUUUCUUUGACCUGUUGAGUAAAUUUCAGAGCAGUCGUAUGGACGACCAGCGCUGUAAUCUGGACGAUCGUCCCAACGGUGACAGCCCAGGAGCUGCAGAUACAAACUCUCUGAAUGAUGUCAUCGACACGAGUCUUCUUACGUCUCCUCAAACUGAGGAACUCUUUGAUUUGAUCGCCAGUACUCAGAGUCGUCGUCUGGAUGAUCAGCGGGUGAACGUCAGUAAUCUGCCUGGACUCAGAAUCACACACAAUAAUCUGGGUCAUCUGUGUGGUGACAGUGAUCCUCAGGAGCCCGGUGAUGACUUCUUCAAUAUGCUCAUCAAAUGUCAGUCGUCCAGGAUAGAUGACCAGCGCUGUUCUCCGCCUGAAGGAGGUCCACGGGCUCCCACCGUCCCCGAUGAAGAUUUCUUCAGUCUCAUCCAAAGAGUUCAAGCCAAGAGGAUGGACGAACAGCGUGUACACUUGCCAUCAGACGAGGAUGAGAGAGACCCCACGGGCUCAGAUUCGGGAUAAAUCAACACGGGCCAAAUACUGCAGGGGACUAUAAAGACAACAUGAGUGAUAAACAUCCUUCAUACAGUGUUUCGCAGACACACUUGAGACAUAAACACAAGUGCCAUCUCAGUGUUUCUCCUUUGGUGCUUUAAUUAAAGCCAAUCAUCUAUUGAUCCAACAGCAUGGUACGAUACGCUAUGAUUCCUCAUCACACGUCACGUGAUGCUGAUAGUGAAGAUGACUGAAGCUCUUUCUCUUCUUGAUCAAUAGAAAACAUACACAAACUUUUCUUUAGCACCUUUAAUACGACUCAUGAGUGAAGUCAGAAUCUGCUCCAGAUGAAUGAUGAUGAUGAUGAUGAUGAUAAUAUGAAUGCUAGUGUAAUUUACUGUGCACACACAGCACAAGUCGUAUUAAACUUCUUACUGCCUUAACUGCAGACUCUGAUUGUAUUUGUUGAUUUAGGGAUUUUUUCAAGCACUUGAAGGAGUUUUGCUCUGGUUUUACUGUGUGUUUAGUGACAGUAUUAGUGCAGUAAAAUCACCAGAGCCGCUAACUUCUGUGCUUUAUCAUCAUUGGAUAUUUACCUGCUGACAUCAUUGCACCAUAAAUGAAGACAUGAGGGCUGCUUCUCAUCAUUUCUGUUUCUCUAUCACAUUUCCACAAAUAUAUUUAUUGAAGGAGUUAAGAGAGGCUGUGAACGGACUGUGAAAGAUAAUUAUAAAAGCUAAAGUUUUAAAGCUUAUUGACAAAAUUCUGACUCUUGACAGAGGUUUGAGAUGUUUGGAGAUUUUUGUCAUUUAGACAUUGAUGGAGUCUCUCUCAGUGUCGCUAAAACUGAUGUACAUAGAGCGCAGCACCAAUAAUGGCACUCAUUUUGUGUAGAAAUUAUCAAAUAUAACUUUUUUGUUUAAAGUGGUCAUAUCAUAAAAAAAUCUGACUUUUUUCAUGUUUAAGUGUUAAAAUUGGGUCUCCAGUGCUUCUAUCAACCUAGAAAAUGAUCAACCCAGUAACUUAGUUUUGGUAAACCAUUCUCUGCAAACAUGUAAAAAAUAGCUCACUGAAAUUUGUGUCCCCUUGUGAUGUCAGAAGGGGAUCUUAUUAUAAUAAUACCGCCCCUUAAUCUGCACUAUCCAACCACGGCACUGACAUUUAGUGCAGAGAGAAAGAGAAAAUAAUUGACAGCACAAUUGAGUUUUAAUUUCAACAAACCACCAUUAUGGUGAUCAGUGUUUGCAUUAGCUCAUUUGCAUUUUAAGGGACACACCCAUAAACAGCACAUUUUUGCUCACAAAGGGUUAAUUUUAACAUGUUAUAAUAAAUUUCACAGUUAUACUCUGGGGACACCAAAGAUUUAUUUGACAUCUUUGUAAAAUCUCAUAACAUGACCCCUUUAAAUGGUUUAUGAACUUACUGCCACCUUGCGGUGGAAAUGCCAUGCCAUAAAAAAGCAAUGCCAUAAAAUUUGUUAUGAGGGUUCUGUAUAAUCCUUAAAUUUUACAUAAAGAGGUGAAAACAGAUUCAUGAUGAAGAUGAAUUUAUUUUCAAUGACUCUAUAAUCAACUAACAAUUAAAUGAACUAACAUCAGUAAACAAAUGUUCAGUGUUAAUCAUCUUUAUAAAAUAAACACAAUGCUUUUCAUAUUAAACUGUAUUGAUUUUAACUUAUAUCACACAUAAAUCAAAUACAGAUCAUUAGCAGUUCAUUUGAAUUACCAAACUGUGUUUUUAUUUGUGAUGUAAGAUGAUGUGAAUUAAUCAGAUUAAUCAGGCUUUUAAUUUUCAACUGUUUUGUA